ACUUAAAAAAGAAAAAAAAAAGUGUGCUGUCUCUCUCACACAGACAAGCUACCAGUUAAGCCAUGUCUUGUCCUGUAUGUGACAACUCUCAUCUAAUACAACACUAAAAUACUCAAAUGAUUGGAGGUAUGACUGCAACUGUGAAUCAUGCUUAUUUCCGAUAUUCUCUGUUCAGUCUGGCGGACAGUUGAUGAUCUGAUACCACCUGUUUAAAGGGCUACUGCCAUGAAAUGGAUGGUUCUUAGUAUGUUAUUAAUGAAAAAUGUUUUUUUCACCACAAAACAUGAUUUUGACCCCCCAUCCCGCCAUGAAAAUCCUAUCGGAUUUAUUUUCGAGAAGAAGCAGGAAGUGACGUAAACGCCAGAGGCGCCCCCAAGUUCGUUUGUUUCCAUUAGUUUUACCUCUGGGAAGGUAGCUCGUUGUUCCUUCAUGUUAGCCAAACUGCCGGAUCAUUGCAUUGCUGGGCAUUGCUUGAACACUCGGGAGAAUGGAGUUACCCUUCAUAAGUUUGCAAGAGACCCGGUUCGUCGUGAAAAAUGGAUUGCACGGGUGCAGAGGACAAGAGCUUCAUGGGUUCCAAAUAACUGGUAGGUGUGUGUAUACAGCUACUAAAAAAAUUAUAGUUUGGGGGGGACCACGUAAUCGGUCUCUCAUAACGUAACAAAAGAUCCGGUACGAAAUAUGUCGAUGUGCGUGUCGGACGCCGUCGGGCUGCUGCGUCACUUCCCCAGCGAAGGCUGCGCUUCGGGGUCGCAGACAGCGGCGGCUCUGAAGAACCCAGCCGAGAAUGCCUCACUCAGCCAUGUGCGCACAGUAAAGCGCCCCGGCUUGAAAGUAUUGUUCAUCGCGUACUGCGGCGUCUAUGAACACCCCCCUAAAGGAGCACGGCUCGGCUCCAUUAUAUGCCACCACGGCGCCUGAGGCGGUCACUGCUUCUGCGAAGAGUGCAUGUCGGGCUUUGCGGACGGCGGCGGCUCUGAAGAACCCAGCCGAGAAUGACUCACUCAGCCGCGUGCGCACAGUAAAGUGCCCCAGCUCGACGGUGUUCCGUGCGUACUGCGGCGUCUAUGAACAACCCCCUAAAGCAGCACGGCUCGGCUCUCCCUCACUCAGCCGCGUGCAACCACAACGCAGUAAAGCGCCCCGCCUCGACGGUGUUGUUUAUCGCGUACUGCGGCGGCUGUGAACAACCCCCUAAAGCAGCACGGCGAUGAACCGCGAUGGCUCAUCUCCGCCACGGAAGUGGAUCGGACGGGGAUGCGGUUUUGCUGUGAUCGCCUAUCAUAUGAAUAUGGCUCAAAACAAUUGUGUAAUAUUGCCCCGAGGGCUCGAAACAAUAGUGUAAUGUUGCCCCGGUAACUUCAUUCGGUUGUGUGGUGUUCUCUUUUUUCGAAAAGUCAGAAGGGGUGUGUUCGUCUCCCAUAUUUAGGGUGCACCGCAUGUUUUCAUUGACGAAUGUCCGGGUGAUGUCACGGACGGAGGAUGCAGCCAAUAUUGCGACCACUUGGAUAUCGGAGAAUGACACUUCUGCAAAUUUGCGCAUGAAUGACACGCUCUACGCUGUCAUGGUCCUGCCGGUCCAGCCCUGGUUGUGCAGGUGCCCGCGCGUUCGCGCUGAUUGGGAGGCGCACACCUCCGCCUCAUGCUGGCUGAUUGGCCCCGGUGUAUAUAGGACAAUGGGAACGACUGGUCCGGCGCCAGAUUGUUGCAACUCAUGCCCCGUUCCUGCACUCCUGUAUCUCUGAUUGACAACCUGUGUGUACCGACCCCGUAAGCCUGACUCCCUUGAUAUUCCUGCCUGCUUUGAUCGUUCUCCCGUGUACCGACUCCUGCCUGCCCGCUGACCUGCUCUCUACGCCCGACGUCCUGACUACCGCUGCUGCACCUGACUGCCUGCCCGAUCCCCGACCUUGGAAUAAUAAACGUUUUCCCCGAUUUACCUCUGCGUCUUCCGACUCCUGCAUUUGGGUCCUACCUCCAUCUCGAUGGGUUGUGAUAUCCCCUCACAUUUAUUUUUUCGUAUGGACAUUGAAGUGAAUAAUGUUAUGUUUUUUUUCAUUACAAUAUCUAUUUUAGAAUGUUUAUAGGGAUGACACUUGGGCUUUAAGUUUUUUGUUUUCAGGACACAAGAUUUUACUGACGUUGUGGUGUUUACAUAAUUCACCCGCAGAACCUCGAGUUGAGUUGAGUUUUUGUUGUUGCUCUUCCGGAGUGACAGGGUUCACAGAGUUCUCCCCGUUAUCGCUACACUGGUGACACCGACGUCAGUCCCAGCGUUUUCGAGAUUGAACCGAACAUGGCAACCGCCAUCCUCAAAUUGCCGGAGUUUUGAGAGACGUCCGCGGUAGCGUGGUUCGCAAAGACGGAGGCGCAGUUCGGCCUCCGCGGGAUCUCGGAUGAUUCCACGCGUUAUUACCACAUUGUCUCAGCCCUCGGGAGCUCAACAGCAGUGAACUUCAUCACCUCCCCCCCGCCCGAGAUAAGUAUGCUGGGAUCAAGGCUCACCUUCUCAAGGCUUUUGAGCUUUCACGGCCGGAGCGUGCCCGACGUCUGUUGACUAUUAAUGGACUGGAGAACAUCAAACCUUUAGAACUCAUGGAAAUGAUGCUCAAUCUGCUGGGCACGGAAGAGCCCAAUUUCAUUUUCAUGGAACUGUUUCUCAGGCACAUUCCACCGCAUGUUCAGACGGCGCUCGCUAACAGUACUGUCACUGAGCCCCGGCCCUGGCCGAGGAGGCCGACUGUUUCUUCCUGGCCACCCAGCGCUUCUCCCCUGAGAUUCUGGCCGCGACGCGCAGUUACUCGCCUCCGGGCGCGGGGGUGGCAUCCAGCAUGGGCCCCAUCGCCACCGACGACCGUGCUGGCACAGGCUUGUGCUACUUCCACCCCCGUUUCGGUGCGAAAGCGAAGAGGUGCCGCGUCCGUUGCAACUACGGGAAACGCCAAAGCCCGCGCUCCGCGGCAGCUGUGAGCGUGGGCGCAAAGAGCCGGCUGCUGUUCGUCAAGGACACCCUUUCCAGGCGCAAAUUCCUUUGUGACACCGGCGCCCAGAGGAGAGUCCUGACGGCUACUGCGGAGGACGCCGCUGGUGGGACUCAUGGGCCACCUCUACUGUCCGCUAAUGCCUCCUGCCUGAUGACAGCUGGGAUAGGCUCCAGCACAGCACUGUGACAGUUUUGUCACAACUUUUGUCAGGGGCGCAUCCAGGCCACUGCCCUGUGCGAAGCUGUCUCCGACAGCAGCACCUCACCUGCGGCUCAUUGUCGCGAAUUAUGAAAUGUAUUUAAGCCAUGUGUGUUGUAUUGCGAGCUGCCAAGUCAUUGCAUGAGACUGUAUUAGUCUGCGUGCGUACACGAGCUUCUUGUUGUGUAUUCGCCUCGUUGUCACAGCCAGCGUUCCUGUGCCACCAUGGUUAAGUCGAGUUUUGUUUUUUGGUCAAGCAGUAAUCUGACCUCGCUUUAAAGUUUUUGAAUCUUUCAUUUUGCUCCAUGUCUUUUUGCCUUUGCCUUUUUUUGACUGUUUACCUGUGUAUGACCUCUGCUUGGAAUAAAACCACCCUCAACAUUGUGUCGCUGCCUCGAAGUCCUACAUUUAGGUCCCACCCCUUGCCACUUGCUUGUGAAAACUUUCACAACAUGUUUGGAAAGGAUUCUUCCGUUUUAAAAAUCUUGUGCACAUAUUCUGUUCUUUCCUUAGCCUGUGUGAAAGGUUGUAUGAGAUAUUUCACAUGCACGUUAUCAUGUGACAACACGGAUUUCCUGUAACUGUUGCAUUUUCUUAAAUAUUUCCGGUGACGUCUUUGAUUUCUCUCCUUUUAUAAAAUAAUUCAUACAUCACAAUCUAGGUUUUUGUUGGCUUGGAUUACUUAUUCAAUGUAAUGUCCAACCUAAAAUACAAAUAACAUUCAGUUAAUUAGAGAUGAUAGCUAGUUUUAAUUGUAUUUCAGAUUGUGAAUAUGUGAGCUAAGAACCUGCAUUUACAGUAUGUUAAUGGCACAUUUUCAUAUUACACUUCCCAAGCUUGUACACUGAAUGUUGACUCUUGGGUGCAGUUGCAUUUGUUUCAAAUUAGUAAUAACUGGUCAGCAUUAUUAUGUGACGUUCACAGGCACACACCAGACACGAAUGUCAGUGGCACAUGACAUCUGUGUCCACAUCUUCUUUGGGUGCGGGCUUUCCUACUUUCAAAGUCUUGAUCUGCCGUCAUUGAAUCGAGUACUUCUUUGUGGUCUCUGUCCUGUAUGCCUUCCAUAGAAAACAGCACUGGAAAGUGUGAGGACAGUUUGGCCACACCUCUUCCUUACAGCUCCUUCACCAGCUCAUCAGUUUAUGGUCGAAAUUAUGGGGCUGGCUAUGCCAAGCUUAACUGGAAACAAGGCGCUGGAGGCUGGUCGCCUUCAGACUCAGACCAUUACCAGUGGUUACAGGUCGACUUGGGUGGCAAAAAGCAGGUUGUUGGCAUAGCGACUCAGGGUCGCUACAGUAGCUUGGACUGGACCAGCAAAUAUCAGCUUCUUUAUAGUGACACACAGACAAACUGGAGGCCUUAUCUACAGGAAGGAAGCAUCUGGACAUUUGACGGGAACGUGAACAGCGAUGGUGUGGUCCGUUAUGAGCUGCAGCAUGCCUUCUUGGCCCGUUUUAUCCGUUUUGUUCCAUUAGAAAAGAGCAAGGUGGGACGUGUCGGAGUACGCCUGGAACUAUAUGGUUGCUCAUACUGGGCUGAUGUGAUUGGUUUUGACGGCCAUGGAAUCCUCUCCUACCGCUUCAGGAGUAAAAAAAUGAAGAUUGUGAAGGAUGUCAUUGCUCUAAAGUUUAGAACCACAGCUGGUCAUGGGGUGCUGCUUUAUGGGGAGGGACAGCAAGGAGACUAUGUUUCUUUGGAGCUCCAAAGAGCAACACUUAAGCUAAGCAUGAACCUUGGCAGCAACCAAUAUGGUUCCAUCCAGGGUCAUACCUCCGUGACCAGUGGUAGUUUACUUGAUGAUGACCAUUGGCACUCAGUUGUCAUAGAGCGUUACCGAAGGAAUGUCAACUUUACUCUGGAUCACCAUGUUUAUCACUUCAGGACCAAUGGAGAGUUUGCUCACCUCGAUCUUGAUUAUGAGAUUAGCUUUGGGGGCCAACCUCCAUCAGCAAAGUCAAGCUCAGGAGGUCGAGAGAACUUUGUUGGCUGUAUGGAGGGGAUCACCUACAAUGGUGACAACAUCACACACUUGGUCCGCAGGGGAAAAGUGGACAUCUCCAGCUUCCGCAACCUUACAUUCUCAUGUGCUGAGUCCAACACUUUGCCUGUCUUCUUCAACUCCACAUCCUUCCUACGCCUGCCUGGUCAGACUGACAGUGACACCCUGUCUGUCAGUCUGUCUUUCAGAACAUGGAACCCAAAUGGACUGCUAAUGUUCACAGUGGUGGCUGAUGGCUGGGUGGAGAUGGGACUGACAGAGGGCAAGAUAACUGUAUCUAUAAAUGUGACGCAAAAGAAGAAUACACAUAUUGACAUUUCAUCAGGCUCCGGCCUGAAUGAUGGCCAGUGGCACAGUGUCCAUCUAAAUGCUCUGGAGAACUAUGCAAUGCUAACAGUUGAUGGAGACGAGGCAUCCACCAUCAGAACAGCCAUCCCAGUGCAGAUCAUGACUGGAGGAACAUACUACUUUGGAGGUUACUUUCCACAUACAACCACUCAUACAUUUCAGCGCCCAUUCCAGGGCUGUAUGCAGUUGAUCCACAUAGAUGACCAUCGAGCUGAUCUCAAGGCUGUGGAACAAGGUCUCAUUGGAAUAUUUGAAAAUGUCAGCCUGGAUAUGUGCGCUAUCAUUGACAGGUGUGUUCCCAACCACUGUGAGCAUGGUUCCCGUUGUUCUCAGACAUGGGAUACAUUCACCUGCAACUGUCGUGGCACCGGAUACACUGGAGCCACCUGCCAUACAUCCAUGUUUCAGCAGUCCUGUGAGGAUUAUAAGCAUCAGGGUCAAAGCUCUGGGAGUUACUGGAUUGACCCAGAUGGCAGUGGAAGCAUAGAGCCUUUCAGAGUUUUGUGUGACAUGACAGAAGACAAAGUGUGGACUACAAUCCGAAAUAACCUUGCCCCACAGACAUCAGUCAUGACUGCUGAUCCAGAUGAGAAGGCAGUGCUGCAGAUCACUUACAAUGUAACAGAUAAGCAGCUGUUUGCGGUCACCAACAGUGCUGAAAAGUGUGAACAAUUUCUAUCCUAUGCUUGCCGAUUGUCUCGUCUACUCAACACUCCAGGCAGUGAACCGUUUACCUGGUGGUUAGGACGAACCAAUGAAAAACAUUUCUACUGGGGAGGUUCAGGCCCAGGGAUACAGAAGUGUGCAUGUGGAAUAGAACAGAACUGUACUAACCCAAAACACUUUUGCAACUGUGAUGCUGAUCAGCGCUCCUGGAAAGAGGAUGCAGGGCUGUUGGUGUAUAAGGACCAUUUGCCAGUCCGCCAGGUUGUGGUUGGCGAUACAGGGAGAGCUGGAUCUGAAGCAAAACUGACAGUGGGGCCACUUAAAUGUCAAGGGGACCGAAAAUACUGGAAUGCUGCAUCCUUUACCAGUCCGGGUUCCUCCCUCCACUUCUCUUCGUUCAGAGGAGAAAUGAGCACUGACAUCUCCUUCUACUUUAAAACCUCCUCCAGUCAUGGAGUCUUUCUGGAGAACUUGGGAACAUCUGACUUCCUUCACAUUGAACUUAGAGGAGGCUCUAUGGUGUCUUUCUCCUUUGACGUGGGCUGUGAGCGCAUGGAGCUUGUUGUGCAAUCUUCAGUGCCCCUAAAUGAUGACCAGUGGCAUCGUGUGGAGGCUGAGAAGAAUAUCAAAGAGGCAGUGCUAAAGCUUAAUGGAGAGCCCCGAGAGCUCAAACUCAAACCUCCACAGGGGCAUACAAAACUGGAGUUCUACAGUGACCUAUACCUUGGUGCCUCCAAAGGUCAGAGGGGUUUUCUGGGCUGUAUGCGAGCUCUGAAGAUAAAUGGAUUUACCUUUGACCUGAAAGAAAAGGCUAAAGUGACACCAGGUGUAACUCCGGGCUGCCAGGGCCACUGUAGCAUCUAUGGGAUGCACUGCAAGAAUGGAGGGAAAUGUGUGGAGCAAUAUAACAGAUACUCCUGUGAUUGCUCACUCACUGCAUUUGAUGGCCCCUUCUGCACUGAGGAUGUGGGUGCCUACUUUGAAACAGGAACUCUGGUGCGGUACGACUUUUUGCCAGAGGCAGUCCCCUCUAUGGUCCAGGAGGGGAAAAGCUUUUCAGAUGUUGCCGUUCCUGUUGAGGCCAACCUGACUCAGGAGGAACUUAUUUUCAGCUUCAGCACUUCCAGCGCUCCAAGCAUCCUGGUGUACAUAAGCUCCAGGACCCAGGACUACCUGGCUGUGGUGCUCAGGCAUAACGGUACGCUCCAGAUCCGCUACCGAUUGGGAGGACUAACAGAACCUUUCACUAUCGAUAUUGACCAUCGCAACAUGGCCAACGGGCAGCCUCACGUUGUCAACUUAACCCGACGCUUUCGGGAGAUACAAUUGCAGAUGGACCACUACCCCGUGUCAACUUACAUAAUGCCUGAGGCUUCAGAUACAGAAUUCAACUUGAUCAAAAGUCUGUUUCUCGGAAAGGUUUUCGAAACAGGAGAGAUUGACCCGAUCUUGAUUAACCGCUACAACUCACCAGGCUUCGUGGGCUGCCUCUCAAGAGUUCAGCUGAACAGUGUGGCACCACUCAAGGCAGCCCUUCGCUCUGGCCAGGCGGCGCCCGUAACCACCCAUGGGAUUUUGGUCCCGUCCAAUUGUGGAGCCUCUCCUUUGACUAUCUCCCCCCUAGCAGCAAAUGACCCCUGGCAUGUAGAAUCUGUUGGAGCUUUUUUUCCUUUCAGUGAGGAAUCGUCCAGCAGUAAUGGCAUCAAUCGCAACUCAGCUGUCCUUGGAGGCAUCAUUUCCAUGGUCGUCAUCACAGUGUUGUGCAUCAUGGUGUUCGUCAUCCGCCACAUGUUCCGACACAAAGGCUCCUACCACACCAAUGAAGCCAAGGGAGCAGAGUCAGCUGACUGCGCUGACGCAGCUAUCAUCGUCAACGACCCUGCCUUCAAUGAAACCAUUGACGAAAGCAAGAAGGAGUGGUUCAUCUGAGCCAUCUUUCUCAACAAUAACAACAAAAUGAACUCAAGACUGUAGGAUGUAUCUAGUUUUUAACCAUAGCCAGAAAUACUGGAACCUGAAGAACUUGUUUAGGGGUGUUUGUAUGAAAACGUCAUGGACAUUACCACAUCCUGUACACAUCUGCGCAGAGCACAUGGGGCAAAUCCUGGUUAGAGCUUUUGUGAAAAUGGGAGGCAGUUUAUUUUAUGAAUUUUAGAAAGAACUGUAUGGCAAAGAAAAGCCAUAGACGGACGUGUGAAUGAGACAUCUAAGGGCAAUAGCAUAAUUUAUUAAGUUCUUUUCCAUAAUAUACUUUAUUUGCAUUCUUGCAAUAAAUAUGGUAAGGGAAAAUGGUAGCAGUGACAAAUAUCACAUAAAGUGUUACUUUGUCCCAACUAAUACUGCACAUUCACAGCGAUGCGAUAAUUAUGCUUUGUUUUAUGUGUAAGUGAAAUCUUGCGUGCAUGUCGAUGGAAAUGUAAUGCUUUAUUUAUUUUGUCCCAAAGUGUCUCUUAAAUGAAUAAACUGCACUGAUUAUA